GUUUUCACGUUGCAACUUGAAUUCGUGCGUCAAGUUCGCAGCCAGGCAUCAGGUGUUCGUUUCGUUCGUACGAUUGGAACGCUGGCUCGUUCGAUCGGCAUCGCCGAGUAUCGAAUACUACGUACGCGUGGAAAUUCACGGAGCGUGCGCGUAUACCCGCGGAAGGUGAAAGUACGAGCUCUGUAACGAGUACCAUGGCGGUGCGUCGUCGUCGUCGUCGUAUCGUUUAGAAGCGCGGCUACGUUCCACGAGAUCGAUAAACGACGGAACGUUACCUAAAACGAGUAUUCGCUUGCGCACAAGGGGUGCGAAAUACCUACAGAUUGGUACUGGCGAAAGAAACCGAUGGAAAAACGGGAAACGAUGCCAGUGACGAGAGCGACGACGAAACGGUGGUGACGGUGAACGCGACGGUUGUCAGUGUCGGUGUCGGUGGUUGUGGUUCGCGUUGGCGAUGUUCAUCUCGGAAGGUGUUGCCGCCGCUUCGAUACCGGCUAAUUUAAGUGACUGUGGACAGUGAUAACGCGUCGAAUGAUCAUCGGUGAGACGAUCGAGGAAAUACGAAAUGAGCAUGAAAGCUCCGUGUUGCAACCAGAAAGCUUCGUCUGCCGCUUCGCCGUUGCCGUCGCGGCCUAAAGAGAAUAUCGACUAUUUGCAUUUUUUUACUCAUUUCAUUCUCGAUGCAACCAUCGCGUCCAAUGCCUGAAGUCAUGCGAUCGAUGCGAAUUUGAAACUCGAUUCCGAGCAACGUUCUGGGUUAAUUAUUAUUAAAAUACGCUGACGCCACUGGAGAGGCGCAAAUCGAUUCGCAGAGGUAGGGAAGAACGAUUCUAACAUGCGACUCUUCUCUUACCGCUCUCGGGAUAUUGAACGCUCCCGACGUUUUUUGAUAUUCAUUUUUGACAAACUCGCUUGUUUGAGUUAAGAAACAUUUGUUUCGUCGCCUAGCGUAUUUCGACCGCCCGCUCUUCUAUGGAGCUGACCGUUCGCUCCUUGUAACGCAUCAUUUUAACGGAUCAACUGCGGAUUAACAGAACGAAUCGCGAGAAGUAUGGCGUGUUUGUUCGAAGCGUACACGAUUACUUAACAAGAUCAUUGAUCGAUCGACCACCGGGGAUGCCAGCGACAGAUAAUUAUGCCUCGACGACAUGGAACGAGAGCGGGGUUCUGAACGUGAGUCCAACGAUGGACGACACGCCGAGGAUGUAACUCGAACGGCAAUAAUAAAGGAAAGAGGACAGACGUAACGUAUACCACAGCGAGCGACGAGUAUAAAGUGAAACGCUACAAACCACUGAGAGGGUAUAGGAAGGAAAGAGAGAAAGAAGAGUGAAGCCUCGACGAUAAUGAAGGAGCACGGAAGCAAACUUCCGGCGGAGCAGCCUGCGAAAAUUCUCAAGUCGUUGCUGAAGAAGCCCGGUCAAUCGAAGAGUAGAUCGCAGAAGAAUCGGGUCGUGAUAAACGAAAAACUGAACGAAUUCUUCGCGGCCGAUUACAUAAUACUGAUAAAGGAGGAAUGCUGCGCUGAUUACGAGGAGGAUUGCGACUGUUGUUGCCAAGAACACGAACUGAUACGCUUAGGAAACUGUAAGGAAUGUCGAGCGGAAUUGAACUUCCAUUUUGGUGUUCCGGAUAAUGGCCAAUACCACGGCGGUAUAGGCAGGGAUGGGGAAAAUGCGUCGAGAGGACAAGGCUGCGGAGGCGGUGAAGAGUUCAAUUGCGUGGAGUUGCAUGUCGAGGACGAGGACGACGAGUACGAGGUCGGCGACGAAGGGGUUAAACGAGGCCUCGAAGGGGAAGAGAGCGAAGAAGAAGAGGGAGAAGAAGAAGAGGAAGAAGAUUUAGAAGAAGAGGUGGUCGCCGGAGAGCAUCUGGAAGAUAGACAGGGACCCGAAUCGCAUAGCGCAGAGGAGCAAACGGAAACGAGGGUAACGAAGACGACGGACGCGCGAACCAAAAGCAAAGGGGAAAGGAUCGAUGGUCCGAAAGACGUCGAGGGCCAUCGGAAUCGAGUCGAAUUCGUCUCGCCGGCAGCGAAGGUCACGUUGCCCGCGUUACCUUCGCCGCCUCCGCCACCUUCACCGCCUCCGCCACCUCCGCCACCGCCGCCGCCGCCGCCACCACCACCUCCGCAAUCCUCGAUAGAGAGACCAUCUUCGACGCAUCCGCGCCAGGAACAAGAGACGCUGAGUCCACCGGAAGGUUACAAGGACGUUUACUCGAAUGGAGAGUUCCCCGAUGUAGGAGAAUGUUGCCUCCGAACUUCGCUCGAUUAUCUACAAUGUCAACGAACAGCGGGUGCGAAGAUCGAGAGAGAAUUACGAUGCAACCAACCAUUGACGGAAAAUAACAAUGAACAUGUAGAGAAAGCGAACGAGUCUUCGCCAAAGGCGUCUACCAAUGAGUCCCGUCAUCGAUAUCUCGUAGAAACCAUAACUAUGACAACCGUUACCGAGCGGCGUAUCGUGCGCGAAAUCAGCGAGGAAGAGGGCAUCGAUCUACAACAUGGACGGAAGAACACGCGCAAAACGGUUUCGAAACCGAGAGACGAGAGUACCGAGACUAAUAAUGCGGUCGAGAGCAAAGUUAGCCAGGAUCAUGACGAGCCUCGAACAGGUCCGCCCGAAAAGAUCGAUAGCGGCGGCGACGCGGAAGUGGUCGCGACCGAGGAUCAUUCCGUGGGAAAUGAACCGGCUCGGGACAUAAGAGAGCUCUCUCUUGUAUUCAAACUCGGGAAUUCAUCGUUAACCGGUAACAGUCUCAAACCGAACUCCGCGGUUAGACAGCUGUUCCCGAAUCCAAGAUUCGUCUCACCGCCACCAGCUCCCCUCGGUAAAUUGAUUUGUUCCGUGAGCGAUUCCCAGAAUGGACAGUUUCUCGUGAACGCGGACAAUUUGCGUUUAAAUAAUCAGUCUGCCGCCUGUUUGAACGACUCCGGUAACCCGAUAAAGAGAACGAUAGAAAGGAACACUCUUCGGAGGAGUCUUCUCGACAAGUACCGCGCGAACUCGCGAAAGAAGAGCCUUCCCUCGAACAAUCUCUCCCUGGAGGAGCGGAUACGUCGGCUAACCUGCGUCGACCAAGAAGAAGAAACGAACGUUUGCCAAGAUUCUAGUACGGAGGUCGCGGUCUCCUCGAGCACGGAAACCGAUGCCAACAAAUUGGCAACGGGACAGCAAGAAGAUGCUGCUUGCCUGUCGUCUAUCAAGACGUUUAUGAACAACACCAACGGAGACAAAUUAUCGACGAGCAUGGCGGCGAUGCCGGCGACCAUGCACAUGGCUACGAAAUUCAACACGAUGCCCGAUGCGAUGGCAUCGACGUCGAAUACCUUGACGUCGAUGUCCGCGGAAAUGCUUACGUAUUCAUCGUUGAUAGUGACCACUGCAAUGGCGACGACGACCACGACCACGACGAUCACAGGCUCUAAUUACUAUAAGCAGAACCCACCGACUGUCAGCGGCGCGGUCAUGGAUAACACGCACAAUCCAUCGACCUACAAAAAGCUGACGGAUUUAUUCGUUCACAAGAGAAGCAGUAUCCAUUCGGCGAACCUGCCCGACCUCGGUAUCGGAGUCAACGGGAAGAACGGGCAAAAUACCAUCAAAGACGGCCAACAACCGAAGAAUUCGUUGAGACCGAACAAUUCCGAAGUGCGUAAGCAAUUUUUGGCCAGUCUGGCACCGCUGUCUUGCGUCGCUAUCAAUAGUACCGAUACUCAGGAGGAUUACUAUCGACUUAACUCGACGAUAAUGGACAGCGAAGGUCGCGGUUCGACGGUGAGUUACAACACGUUGUCACCUUACGGCUUGGAGGACAUCGAGGCGGUUCUCCGCGAAGACGGCAGGAACUUCGCGGGCGCGCCAGACGUUACCAAAGGCACGCCAAUGAUAACCGGCAACAGACCCGACAUAGGGGACAGUACGGCCGACGAAUUGUUAGCGUUCGUAGAGCAGGACAAGUUUAGAACGGAGAGAAUAAAGCAGCGUUACAACGACGCGGAGAGUCAAUACAAUUCGAUGAUAAACAGCACGAACAGUUAUAUUCCUGAUAAUAAAAUGGAGAGAAUAGUGGAUGGAAAGAACGACAGCGAUGACAAACAACGUGUACACCGCGAGAACGUUAAUCGUGAGAACAACAAGAACAAGAAUCGCGAGAUGCAGUUCAUGGGUACUAAUCAACGUUACGGUAACGGUAACGGUAAUGGUAAAGAGAAUAACGGCGACGGUGGAAACAACGACAACGACGAUGACAACGAGAACGACGACGACGACGACGAUGACGAAUUGAACGAUUACGGAUUUAAUCGCAGGCCGUCCGUAACCGGCAUCAAACAGCGUCAGUCGGGCAACACCGAUGAAACCAAUUCAUCGUUUCACCGGCGAACGGUCGUGGAGAACGACGACUCGAACGUUUUCAGAACGAACUUUCAAUCGUCUUCGUUGCCGAUGAAAUAUUACGAAAAUAAUUGCGUGAAGAUCGACGGGAGAUUGUACGAGGACAUGAUUGACGAUUCCAUGUCGAAUUCGUUUGUCGCCGACGAACAGGACGCGAAUACUAUCAACAGAAUAAACACGAUGCAGAAGCAGAUCGAUGACAUCUAUCAGACCAUCGUCGAGAACACCAAUGUCACUGCCCAAAGCUCGUUGGAACCAUAUUCGGAAGAUACGUACGCGCGACAACAGCCACGAUUACCGGUGGCAAGCGAUAUCGGCUUCCGGUACUACCAAGAGCCGCCGAGGAAUGGUCAGCAGUAUUUCCAAGAGCAACCGAGUAUCGGAAACUCGCGAACUACGCGAGGUAUCGCGACCGGAGCUGAGGAAGUAGAUGUUAACAGCGCGAUCGGUGGAGACAGAGAUUAUGCGAACGGUCUUUCGGCAAAGAAUCGACGAAGAGAGCCGCCUGUGGGAACAGCUUCGUCGAAUUACCGAACGUGUAACGUUGUUCCUACCACCGUCUACGCCGGACUUCCCGCUAAUGGCAAGUGUUACCGAACCAUGUACUUCGUUCCGUACAACAGCCUGUCCGAUCCGACCUAUCAGAACAUCCAACGUAUCUUGCCAUCGCAUCCUUCGCCCAGCGCCAGUUACGCGAAUCAUAUCGAGAGGUAUCCGUAUCCUCGACUCAACAAAAACGAUCAACGUCUGCAACCGCAGACGCAGGCUCCGACGCAGAUGCAGACACAGAUGCAGACACAGAUGCAGACACAGAUGCAGACACAGAUGCAGACACAGAUGCAGACGCAGAUGAUGCAGGCGCAGUCACCGCAGGUGCAAUCACAGCAACAACAAUUAAGAUAUUAUCAUUUGGGAAGUCAUUCGCCUAUACCGAAUUUGAUUCAAAACGAUCAUACUGCGCCGCUUCCUGUCGGCUCCCUUGGUCCCGCUCUACCGUCCGAUUCCUCUGCUCCGUACGACUCGCGAGUCACCUCGAUGCCCUCGGCCAACCCCGUCACGUUACAACCCGCAGCCCAGCAAACUUUGCAUCUUCACUUGCAUCAUCAUCCACAACCCGACGAUUUCCGGAUUUCCGGUGUUACCACCUUCGCCUCAGUACCUCAUACCGCGAACCACUCGCUACAGCUACAUCAUCACGCGCAACAUCAGCAUCAUCUCCACCACAGACACGCGCAUCAUCAACCCACGUUCUACCGCUUACCAUCCACGAUACCCAACGUGGCUGCUUCUUCCCCGCCCUCUUACACCGUGAUAGCACCGUCGAGAUGUACCGCGUUUGCCGGCAAUGAGUUAGCGAGCGCUGACGGCUCGUAUCGGUUCUAUCAAGUGCAUCUGGGUCGCACGGUUCUGACACCUUCGUCGUCCGAACUGCAAACGACAAAUUGCAAUCAAACGUUUUUCUCGUCGGCCAACAACGCAACCAUUUCGGUCCCAUCGAAAGUCUCGGUCUCGUUCGCAUCUUCCAUGCCUGCUUCAUCAUCGUAUUCAUCUACCUCUCAUUCAUCCACGUUCUCACCUUUACCUACCCCGAUCACGUCCGUGUCUACCUCCAACUUCAUCCACCCGAAUCACGUGUCUGAAACUGUACACGGAUCCAACGUGGACAACACCGUACCUCGCUCGAAUUCCAUUCAGUCCGUUUCAAACAAUUCGAACGUAAUAUCCACGCCGUCCACCACAUCCGGUUUCUCUCCCGCCGCAACUUCCUGCGCUUUAUCCUCUUCUUCUCUGCCGUCAUCUUCUUCUUCUUCUUCUUCCUCCACCUCGUCCUCGUCUUGCUCGUUCUCGUCACCGUCCUCUUCCUCGUCGUCCUCUUGCUCAUCGUCCUCUUCGUUGCAAAUCCCAUGCUCACCCUCCAAGUUGCAACAGCAACAGAUGAUCGGUACUUACGCAACGAUAGAACGAGGUGUACCGGAAGGUGCGGCAAGCGCACCGUCUUACGAUGGUUCGCAGAACGGAAUUUUACUCGCGUCAAGUCCUUACGCGGUCCACAAUUCCAACGGUGUUCAAGCUCUGCCGAACCACGCGCCGAAUUCCGUGUAUUACGCUAUGAACGUUUAAAUCGGCGUAUCCCGCGGGGAGUCGUACGCGUCGUCGUACCUUCGGCCAAAAUACCUAAUCUAUUUAAAAAACCUAUCUGACUAUCGGGAAAGGUUUUUUGUCUGAAUCAGACUGAAUCUGAGUGGAAUACCUAUCGUAUCUUUUUUCGUAAGGGUAUACGCUCGAUCGACGUUACGUUUUAUAUUCCUUGUUUUUCGAGAAGUCGUUUGACUUCGAUUUCUUGUUUCAUAGACUGAUUUCAGAAUCUGGUAGUGUGUACCGUGAUGAUAUUCAUGAUACCAGAAGAGGUUUCAAAUAUAUGUUUAAACAAUGGUUAAAGAAAAUAGUCGUUCGGUCCGCUUGGAUAAAUGUCGAUCAACCCGAUCGCAUCGGAUACGCCCGUUUAGGGAUUAAAUUUUGAAAUGAAAAAGCCGCUCUUUCUUGCCGUAUAUUAUAAAUUGAGCUAAUACGGAAUUGAAUUGAAUGCGAUCUAGAAAAAGAUCGGGACCCGGGACACUCGUGUAAGUCCGAAAAAGGACGAAUUGCGUUACUGGCAAAAUGUCUGCCACGACGAUGUAUCGUCAUCGAUUCUAGUCACGGGAAAAUAUUUACAGGGAUCUAUAGGAACAACAACGACGACGACAACAACAACAAGUAUUGUAUAAACCAAAGGAUGGCGUUUAUCUAUAACCGACGGCAAUUAUUUUCGAUAAAAUGAAUUCGCGGUGGAAUUGACGAGUUAUUUAGCAAUGAGAGCAGGUAUACUACUUAAGUACUAGAAAACAAGGACUCGCGACUUAAAAUUAGCUGGUGAAAGUUUAGCGCGAAGAAUUGCUCUUCAGUCGAGGAUACUCGACGACGAGGAAAUUCGUAAAAAUGGCUAACAGUAAACAAGAUAAUAGAUACGAGUUCGUGGAAUGUUUUUAGUUUACGUUCGCCGUUCACGUUGAUUCGUCUUUAUCUAUUUUACGAGAGAGAGAGUGAGAGAGAGCGAGAGAGAUAAGCUGCGGAACAUUGCUAAUAGAAAUUUACUCCUCGUACCAUGACGAAAAAGAAAGUGUUCAAACGUUAGACCAAAAACGUGCAAUCUACCGUGCGCGGCACCCGCGUACCGUUACCGCAUGUGUACCAUUUUGUAUUCGCUAUUUGCUUUGUUCCCUUUGGAGAACGUGAGACGAAUAUGUGCUACGUGUACGCGCGGCAGGUACGUAGGUAUGCCGCAUACUAUUUUCAUGAAACAUAUUAAUUGAAUGAACGAUAGGUAGCCGAAAAGGUAGUCAUGGAUUUUGAUUCUCACGAAGAUUUCGUCGAAGAUAAAUUUUUGAUGUGCGCAUCGUCUAGGUUAGAUUAGGUACAACUAUAAUACCGAGAGCGUAACGCAGUAUAGCGACCCAACAGAGAUAAAGUAUUAAACGUGUUAGAGUAGAGAAUAUGUAACACCUACGACCUACGACCUACGACCUACGACCUACGACGUUCGAAUUCGAAUGCAAUAUUCGAGUGUUGUCAGUUUUAAUCCAAAGUUAGAUACCAAACUUUUAUGGUAACGGUGGCCAAGUUUAGAAUCGAGUUUUACAUAUAAUAUAGUUUACACUUAAUUACUCCGUAAUAUCAUCGUGAAAAAGUGUAUGUAAAUAAAGCUUUAAUCAGAAAAGUGA